AUGACUACAACUCAAGUCAACCAAAGCAACGCUUAUAAUGAUGAAUCGGCUCUGAAUGAUUAUUUCCAGAGUCUGUCCAAGAUGAAUGCAACACCUUUGUGGACGGCCAUGGACAAGAUAGUGCCGCCAUAUCCGAAGCCAAGAGCGGCCCCUACAGCCUGGGCGUAUUCAGUGAUGCGGCCAGCUUUAAUGCAUGCAGCCUCGAUAGUUGGAGCUGAGGAGGCUGAACGACGUGUUCUGAUGUUAGUAAACGAGGCUAUUGCUGCGCCCUACACAACAGACACCAUUUAUGCUGGGCUGCAGAUCGUUCUGCCGGGAGAGACUGCUCCGGCACACCGCCAUCGCGCUUUCGCCCUGCGAUUCAUCAUCGAAGGAACCGGUGGCUUCACCGCUAUAGAAGGGGAGAGAAUCGAUAUGCGCAGAGGAGAUGUCGUCUUAACACCCAGUUGGCAGUGGCACGACCAUGGGAAUGAAGGAAGCGAUCCCGUCAUAUGGCUUGAUGGCCUUGACUUGCCAUUGUGGCAGCAUAUUCCCAUCAAUUUUGUCGAUCAAUAUACUGAGCCACGUUAUCCAAGUGAGCCAGCUCCGGACAGUGCUGCAAGGAUACAAUGGAAAAUUGUUGCUCAGGCGCUUGACGAACAAAGGAUUCCACACGCCAUAUAUCAGUAUCAUCUUCCUGACGGAUCACACCUUUCUAAAACAAUCUCCGCGCAGGCUGAGCGAGUCGAGGCAGGCCAUACAACUACAACAUCCUGCAAAGUGCUAUCUUAUAUCUACCAUGUAUAUAGUGGACAAGGUUUCUCUAUGAUUAAAACACCCAAUGAGGCGACGGCGAAGAGGCUUGAUUGGACUGAGAAGGAUACGUUUGCUGUUCCUGCUUGGAGUGAAGUCUCUCACACCUGUACUAUGGAUUCUGGGGCUGUUUAUCUUUUUGCACUUAAUGAUAGGCCAAUGAUUGAAUCGUUGACCUUUUUGAAUAAGCCAUAA